AUGAAGGCACACUGUGGCUACCCAAAGGUCGUUCGCGAAGGCAUCAACGAUGACUACCUCCCAGUAUGGAUGCAGAAUGCUGGCUACAACACAUACUACUCUGGCAAGCUGUGGAACCACCACUCUGUUGACAAUUACAACGCACCCUACGCCGGCGGAUACAACGGUUCCGACUUCAUCCUCGACCCCUAUACGUACGAAUACUACAACGCGCACAUGAGUCGUAACGGUGGACCACCCAUAAGCUACAAGGGUCAAUACUCGCCUGAUGUGACUGCAGAGAAGGCGUAUGGCUUUCUCGAGGAGGCAACGCAACACCCUGAGCCUUGGUUCCUUACCAUUGCACCUAUCGCGCCCCAUAGCAACGUGAAGCUUGUGCCUACCGAAGAGUAUAGUGCGGAUUUGCCUCAAUACGCAGAGCGACAUGCUCAUCUCUUUACCGAAUACAAGAUCCCACGCGACGCCAACUUCAAUCCCAAGAAGCAGGGCGGCACAGGAUGGGUCAAGAGACUUCCACUUCUCAACGACACAGUCAUUGACUAUAACGACGAAUUCCAACGCUCCCGCCUUCGUGCCCUUCAGUCAGUAGACGAGAUGGUGGAGCAACUUGUGAAGACUCUCGAGCACAAGGGCCUUCUUGAAGACACAUACAUCAUCUACACCACUGACAACGGGUACCACCUAAGUCAGCAUCGCCUGCAUGCUGGCAAGGAGUGUGGCUACGAGACCGACAUCCACAUUCCCCUCAUCGUGCGUGGACCUGGUGUAAUGAAGGGCCACACCACCGACAUUGUCAGCUCCCACACCGAUCUCGCCCCUACCAUCAUGAAGCUCGCCGGUCAGAGUCUGCGUGAAGACUUCGAUGGCUCCGUCAUGCCUCUGUCACAAGAAGACACCCUUCUUGCCGAAUCUGCAGAACGUCAAGAACACAUCAACAUCGAGUACUGGGGCCGAGCCAUCCCCGAAGGCAUAUGGGGCCACUACGACAACCCGGUGAAAGAGAAUCAUCCGCCCGACCAAAACUGGGGUGGCUACCUCCACUCUAUCCGUAACAACACCUACAAAGGCCUUCGCCUCAUCGGUGAGGACUACAACAUCUACUACUCCGUCUUCUGUACGGGCGACAAGGAGUACUACGACAUGCGCUUCGACCCAGGUCAGCUGGAAAACUACUUCGACGACGAAGACGCGGACCUCAUAGCGAAACGUGACACCUACCGUAUCGCAGGCCGCCCCUUCACCGCCAUCAUCGACCGUAUCGACGCAUUGAUGAUGGUACUUAAAUCAUGCAAGGGCGAAGCGUGCAGAGAUCCCUGGGGCGUGCUACACGGUAGUGGCAGGAAGGUCCGAUCGCUCAAGCAAGCUUUGUCACAUCGCUAUGAUACUUUCUACGCAGCGCAACCUAAGGUCCAAUUCGAGGACUGUGCGUUGGGCUAUAUCCGUGAGGUUGAAGGCCCGCAGGAGGCGAACGUUUGGGAUGGCUGGGAUGACGGAGAGAGGUCUGAGCUGAAGGCGCGCAGGAAGCCGAGUUUUGUGUAUCAGGGGAAUCCGCAUUUGCUUACUUGA